GAAUGAAAUCAUUGCUUCAUUUGACAGCAUAAUAUCCCCUCUCCGCCCUCAACACUUGGUCAUAACAGUCGGGGUCGGGGAUGUGUGGCCUAUUCCCACGCACCCCCGCCUCUCCUCCACCGCCCUUCUUGUGCCUCUGCCAAAAUAUGUGAAACGCAAUCCUAGCUCUGGUCACAGAGAGCAGUUAUUUUAAAACUUCAAACUCAGCCACCUCGAUACGACCAUGCGUAAUGACACUAAGAUCCACGAACUCAACUGACAGAUCUCCGCUUUAAUUAGGGAUCAAAACUAAAAUGAUCAACCGCCUCCUAGCUUGGAGUUCACGUUCGAUCCACGUUCGGUAGUUUGAUGUCCUUUCUCCGCUUGCGCGUCUCCAAUGUCUCUCCCGGUAGUUCUCCCCGGAUCGUGUUGCUCUGUAACCAGGGUUCCGCUGGCCUCUCAGUUGGCAGACCCGACGUUCAGGAUCCGGCCGCCCCGCUGCAUAUCUGCCUCUCGCAUGCCUGGUUCUCAGUCGAGGCUGCUCCCAGCGCUGCUCCCCGGCCGCCCGCUGCUCUCCCUCGGAUUACUGCAGCUGGUUCUCGGCUGCUCCAUGGUCGCGCUCUCCUUCGGAGCUCUCUCCCUCAGUAGCUCUCCACCCAUCCGAAACUCAUGCCCUUUCUGGGCUGGGUCUUCAGUGAUCCUGUCAGGGAUCGUUGGCCUCACAACAUGGAGGAGACCCAUGCUGCUGCUGGUGAAUCUGUUUGUUCUGCUGUCGGUGGUGUGUGUUCUCCUCAACCUGGCUGGCUUCAUCCUCUGCUGCCAGGGGGCUCAGCUGGUCUCCACCAUGACCAACUGCCAACUGAGCGAGGCGGGAGAUGUGUGUAACUGUUGUCCCCAGAUCUCCAUGUGCCCUGAGGAGAAACUACUCAAACUCUACCCUGGGCACUCCUGUAACACCAUGAGGGUCCUGCUCAAGAAGGUUCUGUUUGCUCUGUGUGUUCUGAAUGCUCUGACCACUGCAGUAUGCCUGGUGGCUGCUGCCCUGCGGUACCUACAGAUCUUCACCACACGACGCCCAUGUAUGGAUGACCCCAGGCCAAUCACAGAGGAAGGGGAGGAGACAAAUAUUGUCCCUGACCCAGAUGAGUUUGUCCCCCCUGCUCCUCCCCCGUCCUACUUCUCAACCUUCUACUCCUACACCCCCCGGCUGGCUCGCAGGAUGUUUGGGGACAGUGUGAUACCUCUGCCUCCUGUCUAUGCAGCCAGGAUUAAAGGAGUAGAGGUGUUCUGUCCUCUUGACCCUCCCCCUCCAUACGAGGCUGUUACAGGAGGCUCCGCCCUCGCCACUGCAACACAGGAGACAGAGAUUCAGAUUACCAUGACAGAUCUGCCUGAGUUGGUGGAGGAGCAGAGUGAGCGCUUGGAGGCGGGUACUCCUGUUAGAGAUGCUGGUCCCCAGACAACGGUUGUUCCAGUGCCCCCGUCUCCCCAAUAUCACCCCUCUCCCCAAUCUCCGCCCUCCCCCUCCCUGCACCAGGCCAGACCUUCCCAGGACCAGGGUGCUCCUGUGCCACCCAUUAGGAGGUCUCAGCGCCAGAGACCCAGACGCUCUAACAGUGACCCUGUCCUACUGGACCUGGCUGCCAAAGUGUUAAGCUGUGAAGCAGCCACACAGACCACCGAGGUCUCCACCCAGACUUCCAAGUCCGCCCUGGCCUCCCAGUCGUCCCGGCCCCAGACGGUGGCUCUCCGGCGGGGUGGUAGAGGCCCGCGGCGUCCCCGGCCCUCCUCCAUGGUGGACUACCAGAGCUACAGACACACCCAGCAGCUGGUCAGCAGGUUUCUAGAGCAGCCGGCCCACUGCAGCCUGACACCCGAGGUCCAGGAGCUGGUGGACAGCAUCCGUAGCGUGCUGCGCUCAGACCAGGAACACAUGGAGGAGGCCGUCCGCUGUGCCAGCUUCAUAGAACAGGUGAUCACAGUAUCAGAGACACCAGUUAGAGCCCUGCCCCAGCCCCUGUCCCUCCCCAGGGGAUGCUCCAGACCCCAUGUCCCCAUGCUGGACUGUUCCUCCCGGACCCUCCCCCAGCCCCUCCGGAAGAGGCCCGGCCUGCUGCACCUGCGGAGUUGUGGAGACCUCAGCACCUUCACCUGGGCAGAGCAGCAGCCACUAGAGGCCAGGCAAGGUGGUGGGUCUGGCUUCAAGUCCUGGUCUAGAGCGGGUUCUAGAGUAGGUGCUAGGUCGACGUCACGGGCGGGCUCACGCCUGGAUCAUCACGAACGCCCCCACAGUCUCAUAGGGGUGUUUAGGGAAACAGUGAUCUGAUGGAACCCUCUUCCCAUCCCAACACACCCCGAGCACAAACUGAUGGCAAGGUCCACUGGGGGAAACACCUUAUUGACUCCAAGGAAAAGGCGCUCCCUGGUGGCGAGGUUUGGGACUGCCACUGCUAAACCUUGUGGGGAAAAGCCAUUCUAAAGAACUUUGAAACUGAGUCCCACAGACUGCAAGUACUAGCCUUUAGAAGGGCUGUGUGUGUGCGGCUGCGUGCGUGUGUUGUGUGCCUAAGGUGUGUGUGUGUGUCUGCUGCACUAAUACUGUUGAAGUGUAUGUACAGUGUGUAGUGUUGUCUGUACACUGUUGUUUGCAUUGUGAAAGAGGUGAUCUGGGAAACAAAGGUUUCAAAAUUGUCUCCAAAUAUUUCCAUUAACAAUUCUGUGUUACAAGCUAUUAUAAAAUGAUUGGCUGUACAUAUGACAGCACUGAACCCUACCUGCAUGUGAGAGUCUAUGGAAGGCUCUCUCUCUAUACUUCACUAUCUGCCCAGUGCCUUAAAUAAAGCAACGUGGAAUGUUCCAUAUGAAAUGUUCAGUAUUUAAUUCAACUGGCCAAGCACUAUGAGUGUUGAGUCUUAAUUCAGCUUUAAUUAAUUUGUUUAGGCCAGAAUUCAAUCCCCAUCGUCCAUUAUUUUGGCUAUGCACCUUUUUAAAGGCAAUGCUCCAACUGCCGUUCACAAUAAACGCUGCAUAUGUCGGGCUCAAUCGCAAACGACAUUUACACUUCAAACGCACUAUAAAUGUGCCUCUUAUAUGGUUCCGGAUUACAUCUAGGCCUUAAAGUGCACCGUUUAUGCUCCGGGAUUCAAUCCAAGGCACGUUAAAGAGCAGCUCACCGGACAGACAAUACGUCUUUCACGUAGAUUACAUUCAUGAUAAACGUUGCGGAUGUCAAUUUAAAUUACCUUUAAAAGGUGCACUGUCUGGCUGUGGAUCGAAUCCUGGCCUUAGAAGCAACAACAAAAACAACAACAGUCCUUCUGCAAGUAGUUUAUUGUUGUAAAUACCGGUAGAAACAUUACAGUUCUGUAGUUCAGUAACAUCACAGAAAAGCUAGCAAAUGAAUACAAAUUGCCAUAGCUUUACAGAAAGUCGUAUUUUUCACGUUUUCAUCAUCUUUAGACAUGUCGACAAACAUUUUAAGAUGAAUUACAUUCAAAACAGUGCAUUAUAAACACUAGUUAGCCUACCUCACAGUCACCAUCGACUCAAGUGUACGUUUGCUGCCCAUCUCUUUACAAAGGACAACUUUGCUGCGUCACAAUAGCCUACUAUCACCAACACGGACAGGGAAGGUCUAUACUUCAACAAGUUG